AUGGAAAAACCGGCUUCUACCUCCGCCGCCGCUGCCGAUGACGUUAAAAUUGAUCUCAGAGACCAUCUUACGCCGCACCAUGAUCCUAAAAACCCUUUUGCUUUUACGCCCGACCAGUUAUCGGCCCUGAUGGAUCCCAAGAACAUCCAGUUACUGCAUACCUAUGGCGGCCUGGAAGGCCUGGCUCGUGGUCUGCAUGUGGAUCUGAAUGUAGGCCUUACAGCGACUGUGAAAACCCACAACCCCAUCUCACUGCGCGAUGUCAUGUCCUCCACGGAAUCGGGAUACAUCCAAGACAUCGAAACCGCCGCUUCUUCCAUCAAAGCCCUGAGUCGACAAAACACCAAUGUCUCCGAAGUCGUCGUCGUUGAAUCGGCGUUUCCCCAGCGUACCAAAAUUUUUGGCGCCAAUGUCUUGCCCGAGGUUCGAUCCAAAAAUAUUUUUCAAUUGAUGUGGACUGCAUUCCAGGAUAAAACACUGAUUCUUUUGGCCGUAGCGGCGGUAGUGUCAUUGGCGGUAGGACUGUAUGAAGACAUUGCUGUACCUGAAUAUGAUACCUUGGGCAAUCGGAUACCUGGGGUCAAAUGGGUAGAAGGCGUCGCCAUCAUUGUCGCCAUCUUGCUCGUCGUGCUCGUCGGCAGUAUCAAUGAUUUUCAGAAAGAAAAACAAUUCCGGAAAUUGAACGCAAAGAAGGAAGAUCGUGUGGUUAAGGCUACACGCGAAGGCACACUUUCAUUGAUUUCGGUACAUGAUAUUCAAGUGGGCGAUAUCCUGCAUCUCGAGCCAGGAGAUAUUGUUGCAACAGACGGUAUUUUCAUUGAAGGACAUAACCUUCGAUGCGAUGAAUCUGCUGCUACGGGCGAAUCCGAUGCUGUACGAAAACAAGCAUGGCAAUUAUGUUAUCGAUUGGCCCGCGCCGGUCAUCAUGACACUGACAAUGAAAAACCGCCGUCGGAAACCCCAGAACAAGAAACCAAGGGUCCCACCGAACAUAAGCAGUUGCCAGAUCCUUUUAUCAUUUCCGGUUCCAAGAUCUUGGAAGGUGUAUGCACGUACCUUGUGACCGGCGUCGGUAUCAACUCAUAUUACGGUCGCACCAUGAUGGCAUUGCGUACGGAGCCUGAGAGUACCCCGCUUCAGGAAAAAUUGAACCAUCUCGCCGAAAUGAUCGCCAAGCUCGGUUCAGCCGCCGGAUUACUCAUGCUCAUUGUCUUGCUCAUUCGGUACUUUGUCGGCUGGAAAGACGGCGUGCCUGAUCAACCGACCGAAAUCGUUUUGGAUAUCAUGAAAAUUUUGAUUGUGGUCGUUACCAUUGUCGUUGUGGCUGUACCUGAAGGUUUGCCGUUGGCUGUGACCCUGGCUCUCGCUUACGCUACGCAACGCAUGCUCAAGGACAACAACCUGGUGCGUGUCUUGGCUGCGUGCGAAACCAUGGGCAAUGCCACCACCGUGUGUUCCGAUAAAACAGGCACCUUGACCCAGAACAAGAUGGCCGUAGUUGCCGGGACCUUGGGUGCCUCGUUUCGAUUUAUCAAAGAAGUUCCCGAAACCCGGUCCGAUCUGAUCGACAUUAGCCUGGUUGGAGAGAAAGCGCCGCAACCCGUGCUCAACAUGCUGCACCAAGGCAUUGCCGUCAAUACAACCGCGUUUGAAGGCAAAGACGAAAACGGCGAAAUCAACUUUGUCGGUAACCGCACCGAAAGUGCCUUGCUGGCUUUUGCACGCGACAGCGGGUCCCCCAGCUAUGAAACCCUGCGCAACCAAUGGCCUGUCGAACAAGUGUUUCCUUUCAGUUCCGAACGGAAAGCCAUGGCCACCGUGAUCCAGAUUCAGGAUCCGCUCGACGCCCAGCGAUCCAUUUACCGCGUCCACGUGAAAGGUGCUUCGGAAAUCCUGCUGGAGAAGUGUUCCAACAUCGCUACCUUGCAACCCAGUCAGUAUACGUCGCCGGCCCAUGAUUUCGAUAUCAAGACGCGGGAAUUGACCGAAGAUGAUCGAAGCCGUGUCGACCGGAUUAUCCAAAGUUACGCUUCGCGCAGUCUUCGUACCAUCGGUAUUGGCUACCGCGAUUUCGACCAGUGGCCACCGUUUGGUCGUGAAACUGGAUUGGAUGGUGAAGAAAUCGAUGUCCCUUACGAAGAUCUCGUGCGAAACAACGGUUUGACGUUGCUUGGUGUGGUCGGCAUUGAAGAUCCUUUACGUCCCGGUGUCAAGGAAGCCGUCAAAGCAUGUCAGCAAGCCGGUGUCUUUGUUCGCAUGGUCACAGGUGAUAACCUGGUGACGGCCAAAAGUAUUGCGAAGCAAUGUGGUAUCUAUACCACGGGCGGCGUCGUCAUGGAAGGCCCUGCAUUCCGUAACUUGCCUCAAUCCGAAAUGGACGCUAUCCUUCCUCGAUUGCAAGUGUUGGCCCGGUCUAGUCCCGAAGAUAAGCGCAUUCUCGUGAGUCGACUGCGCGAUCUCGGUGAUAUCGUGGCGGUGACAGGCGACGGCACCAACGAUGGUCCGGCUUUGAAAAUGGCUGACGUGGGUUUCUCCAUGGGUAUCGCCGGCACCGAAGUGGCCAAAGAAGCUUCCAGUAUUAUUCUUAUGGACGAUAACUUCUCCAGUAUUGUCAAAGCCAUCAUGUGGGGUCGAUGUGUGAAUGAUGCAGUCAAAAAGUUUUUGGAAUUCCAACUUACCGUGAAUAUUACGGCCGUUAUUCUCACCUUUAUUUCCGCUGUCGCAAGUACCAACCAAAAAUCCGUGUUGACGGCUGUUCAGUUACUGUGGGUCAACCUGAUCAUGGAUACCUUUGCCGCUCUGGCGCUCGCCACCGAUCCACCUACCGAAGAGUUGCUCCAACGGGCGCCUGAACCUCGGUCGAUGCCUCUCAUCUCCUUCAAGAUGUGGAAAAUGAUUAUCGGACAAGCGAUUUUCCAGAUCGUGGUGACUCUCGUCUUGCUGUACAGCAACGUGCUCGAGUAUGACACCGAAAGUGUGGUGUUGCAAACCGUUGUGUUCAAUACUUUUGUAUUCUGCCAGAUCUUUAACGAAAUCAAUUGUCGUCGUAUUGACAGUCGAUUGAACGUCUUUUCAAAUAUCCAUGCCAACAAAUUCUUUAUUGGUAUCUUCAUCGUAUGUGUUGCUGGCCAGGCUCUUAUUGUGGAGUUUGGUGGCGCAGCGUUUCAAGUAAUACGUAUUGACGGACCUCACUGGGCCAUUGCUAUCUUGGUGGGACUUUUGUCGCUUCCCAUUGGCGUCGUCAUACGUCUCAUUCCCGACAACAUUUUUGCAUUUUUAUUCCGCGAUCCUACGACACGCGAACGGUAUUUAGGCGGCCCCUCCUCCACCAAGAUGCCUUCCAUGUAUAUGGCUGACGCAGGUGCAGUGGCCAUCCAUUCCUAA